UCUGUGUUGGAAAACAUCUCUCUGAUUCAUCUAAAAGACACAACGUUGUACCAUACAAACACCGAACUCCUACUCCUAACACUAACUACCCAAAAUGUAAAAACCACACCCAGAAACAUUGUGAACUUUACUGUGAGAAAUGUGACGUUCCUGUCUGCUCUACCUGCAUCUCGUCUGGUAAAUAUAAAGGACAUACAAUUACCGAUAUUCUACAGAAAACAAGAUUUAGAAAAUGACUUACAAGAAUUAGAUCAAAAAAUCUAUCCUACAUACGAAGAAAUUUCAAUAGAUCUAAACUCUGAAAAACUAAACUUUGAAACACAUUAUGGGAAACUGACAAAAGCUGUCACCAAACAAGGAGAGGACUGGCACCGAAAAAUUAAUGUCAUUGUUAACAAAAAGAAAUCUGAAAUAGAUGAGAUGAAAACUAAACACCUCGCUAUUCUAGAUAAACAGGAAAAUGAAAUCAAACAAAUUAUUUCUGAUGUAAAACAGAGCAUUCUUGAUCUGAAGAAAAUACUGGACUCUAUUGAUAUCACCCUAACCGUUGCGUACAAAUCCAAGAAUUCUGAAUUCAGAAGUUUACCCCCUAAAUUCAACGUUUCAUUACCAAGUUUCUCUCCUCAUCAGAUCACCACGGCACAGCUCCAUCAAAUGUUCGGUUCACUUUCAUCAUUAUCCAUUACAACAGAUGAACAAAGCUUCACAAUGAAGACACCAGAAGCUAUAUCCUGUUCUCCAGUCAAACCACUGCUUGAUGAACCAAAGCUCAUCACCACCAUAGACACUGGGUAUAAAUAUCUACACAGUGUUACCUGUCUCAUUGAUGAAGAAAUCUGGACAUGUGGAUUAAACAACAUCAUGAAACUCUACAACCUUCAGGAUGAACUACUAAAGUCAAUUCAAACCAAGUCAAGAAGCAUACCACGUGACAUAGCAGUGACAAGGAGUGGAGGCCUAGUUUAUACUGACCCUGAUACAAGAACUGUUAACAUAAUGAAGAAUGACCAGAUUCAGGAAUUGAUCAGACUACAUGGGUGGAGACCUCUCUAUGUCUGUAGUACCUCCUCUGAUGACCUCCUGGUUACCAUGCUUAGUGGUGCAGUAGUUGUGGUUAAUAAAGCAGGAAAUCUUCGAUUUAGAUACACCGGCCAUCCAUCUACUAUCGAGAGAUCAUUCUGCAUCACAACAGACAGCCAGAGUCAAAUCCUGACAGCAGACUGUAUCAACCACUUUAUCCAUAUAAUAGAUCAGGACAGAUAA